GGGCGCGGGGCGCGGCGGCCGCCGAAGAUGCGCUGGCAGCCGGGGCUGCGCGGCGCCCGACCGCGGCCGCCCCGCGCCGGGGAGCGGGAGCAGCGGCAGCAGCAGAAGAAGGAGGAAGAAGAGGAAGGAGGAGACGGCGGUGGCGCGGGGCGGCCGCGGCCAUGAGCUGCUCGGACGUGGCCAUGCAGCAGCCCGGCGCGGCGGCGUGCGGGGCGCCCCGCUAUCUGGCCGCGCCCGCGCAGAAGAAGUUAGCUGUGUACAACAAGAUGCAGGAGUCUCUGGAAGUGAGCCUUCCCAGCAAGCAAGAGGAGGAUGAGAAGGACCAGCCUGCCGAGAUGGAGUACCUGAACUCUCGCUGCGUGCUGUUCACUUACUUCCAGGGGGACAUUGGUGCAGUGGUGGAUGAACACUUCUCCCGAGCUUUGAGCCAAGCCAGUAGCUUCAAUUCAGAGACUGCCCUUUCCAAGAGCAAGGCAGGGCUGAAUCCUCUGUGGAGAGAGAGCUCCACGAUUUCAAGCCAAAGGAGCGGAUUCCCCACCUCCUUCUGGACCAGCUCUUACCAGCCUCCUCCUCCCCCCUGCUUGAGCGGCGUGCACCCCGAUUUCCCUGUGACUGCACCAGGCACCUUCCCAGCAGCAGCAGCAGCAGACCCCGGCAGCUGGCCGGGACACGGCCUGCACCAGACUGCCCCAGCCCCUGCCCCGGCCGCCGCCGAGGCCUGGCCCUACCCCUUGGCGUCUCAGGUGAGCCCCUCGUACGCACACAUGCACGACGUGUACGUGCACCGCCACCACCCUCACCAUGCCCACGUGCACCACCACCACCAUCACCAUCCUCACCACCAUCCCCAGCACCGGGAGCCGCGCUACGGCUCGCUGCUGGUGCCCUCGGUGCGCGCCGCCGCCGCCAGGAUCCCCGCGGCCCAGCCCGACGGCGCCAAGGCCGAGCCUGCCGCUGCCGCCGCCGGCGCUACCUCAGCCUGGGCCGGAGCCUUCCACGGAACCGUGGACAUCGUGCCCAGCUUUGGGUUUGAUACAGGUCUACAGCAUCAGGACAAGAGCAAGGAAACUGCUUGGUUCUGAGGUGCAGAGAAAUUCAGACCAGCUAGAGCUGGAGUCAGCAGAGCUGGGUGGGUGAUACAGCAGUGCUUGACUCCUUCUGCGUGGAGCAAAGGACACACAUGAAGAUGAAGAGCCAACUGUUCUGGUUUUGCUAUUGAGCCUUUUAUUUGUAAGGCCGUUUAUGGGUCCCACAGAGUUGGAAAAAAAACAGAAACCUAACUUUUCUUUCUUUCCUCAUCUGAGCCUGCUGCAGCUGGGCAACCUAACUCCUUUCUGCUCCUUUAACAGUGUUUCGUUUUGUUCAGCUUGAUAUUUUUAUGAACAGUCUCAAUAGUCAGGAAAAAAGACUCUCCCUUGACUACAGUGCGCCUUCUUUCAGGAAUACAGUAUUUUGUAGCUCUUUGUGCAUCUAUUUUUGUAGAAAUACAGAAAGUUUGGGUAAGGAUCGAUGGGCUAUUUUAGGAUGACAUAUUUUUUUAAAAAAAAUUGUAAAAUUGUUAAGUUCUGUUUAAAGAACUUGCUCUCAGAGAAGCACUGGCAAAAAUGUAUAAAAUGCUAUUUUUAGAUGUCUGUGAUGUGUUUGUGCAUUUUGGGUUUUUUUUUGUUUGUUACCUCAAAUGUCUAUCUUUUCUUUUUAAAGAGCUAAACUCCUUUGUUUCCACAUUACUAGAUUCUGAUGUUUUUGUCCUUUUGUUCUAGCUUAAGCAAGUAUAAUUCACACCUGAAAUUUCAGCCAAAUAUUUUUUUCCUGGUGUUAGAUUGUAGUAAAAGUGGUUUUGUUUUUCUUGCUUCUAAAGGUGGCUUUGUGCUGUGCUGACUGUCAGAAUCUUGCAAACACCUUUAGCAUAGAGCAAAGCUUGAGGUUACAGCAACUGCAUUUCCCACCCAUCCAUUCUUUCAAAAUGGACCAAAUACUCUUACAUCAGACACGAAUAUGGGCCUCAUCUAUGAUCCACUGAAGCUGUUGAACACAGUUUUCUGUGGGUUAUGGGGCUCAUAAAUAUCAGUAAAAUCUUACAGGCAGGACUUUCAGCUAAGCCAUUUCAAGGUGGUCACUUACAACAUCAAUAUUCAGGGAAAAUGAACAAAAAAAAAUAAAUCCAGGUUUAUAAAAAUGUGUGGCUUGUGGAAACAAAAGGUUGUCACAGCAAGGAGAGCACAAGGAGAGCUCCUGUUGCCUUCAGGCUGUGUUUGCCUGGGCUGGGCUCUGCCAUGGGGCUUGUGGGACCCCACUGCAGCGCUGCAUUUCAUACCCAGCUGAGCCUGCAUGCACUGGGGCCACGUGGAGCCACAGCCCCUCUGCUUGGGAGCCCCCCUGGCCUGGGCCUUGGCUCUGACUGGGUAAUGAAGGCUUUGCUUGGAGCCAGGGUGGGCACCAUCAAUCCUGGGUGAGGGUGGUGAGGGCGCCGUGCGCCCCUGUGGGUUCGGUCUCUGUGCCCAGCCCUUGGAGGGACUGAGGGGGGCCCGGGGUCAGCACCUGGCUUGUUGGGUCCUGGCUGUGCCUUGGAGAUGUUGCCCUUGUGCUCUGUGCACCAGGGUCCCUGUGUAGUAUUUCCUAAGGCUCUUACAAAGCAUUAUGUUUAUGUCACCACUGCUCUCAGACAUCCCUGUUUGAGAGACACGCUGGCCAACAGGAUACAAACACAUGGCUGAGAUAAGAGUUUAAUUUUAAGGCACUGAGCAUUGUAAGUGUAGUUUUGUCAGGUGGAAACCACAUGGAUCUGUGUGUGAAAGGGGAGGGGGGUGUUGGGAAGUGCCUGCCACUCCGAGGUUCCCUGCACUGCUGCUUCCCUCCAGGCUGUUUGAACUUGAUCCUACGAGGUGUUGAGCAUUCUCCCUUGUCAAGGGAGAGGGCUUGACAUGCUGGCACUGGAGGCAUUAGAAUUAUAUCACAAUUUGGCAAGACCCUUUAGUCUCUACCUUGCUGAUUUGAAGUUUGAGACAGUGUAUAAAUGCUGAAUGGACUAUGCUUAAAUAUUGCUUCAAAGUAAUAAGGUUGUAGUCUCUGUGUUGGGAUGAUGAAUUAAAUGUGGUGGGGUUUUUUUCCUCAUCUUUGUAGUCCAUCAGUAUUUCUUUCUCUCAAUAAAUUUCACUCUCAUGACAGUUCUCUAUAUUAUUGCUGCUCUGGUGGAGCUAGCUCCUCAAUUUGCCAAUAAAUUCAUAAUGCAGUGGGAAAACUGUAUGGGAGGGAAUGGAGUCCCAGCUGCCACAGUUCACUUUCUUAUCAGGACAGUACAGUUCAGGGAAUAUCUCAAGAAAAAGAGUUCUGACUAGAAAUGUUGAUAGUAUUAGAAAUUCUGAGAGGAAGAAAAAUCAUAAAAAAAUCUUAAGUUUUUUUUUUCCUUUUUUUUUUUUCCUCUUGGACUUGGCAAAAGUGGAAAUUAAGGAAGACAGCGUGUCCUCUUUGAACUUCAGGGAUGGAGAUUUUGGGUGGCAGGGGAUGCAAAAGAAAAGACAGCAUUUCUUUUUGAGGUGUGUUUGACUUCCUGAAAUAGUUUAAAGCCUAACCAGAGCAGUCUGCUCACUGCCUUCCCCUUCACAAGCUCAUACUAUGGGGGCUUGGUUCCCUAUAGAUGUCAAAGCAAAACAGGACAGGAACAAAACAGGCCCAGUUUGCACUGGAAUUUCUUUCUGGAUUGUAUCUGAGUUGUUGGUUAGUGGGGAUGAAGAAGAGGGGAAGCUGUUGCCUCUUCCCCUCCAGGACUGCUGUUCUGCAGAGUUUCUGCUGCUGAACCUGGGACUGAGCUGGUGGAACUUCUGCAAACUCUGGGUGACAAGUGCCAAUAAAAACCUGCUGUUGGCUGUAGCCAUCCAUGCACCAGUCUGUCAACUCCAAAAGUGAAAUAAAUUCUUCUUUUCCCCCUAAGUCACUGAUUGUCCCCUGUGCUAACAAGUGAGAAAGGAAAAACCAAAGUGUGUAGCAGCAGCCCUGCUUCUACAAUUCGAGGGAUGGAAAAGGAAAGAAAAAACCAAACCCACCCUUCCCUGUGACAAAGUUUUGAGUUAAAUUCAGCAGAUUUCCUUCUCUGCCUCUCUGCCCUACACGCACACUCACACACACGCACAGAGGUGCUUAUGAGAAGCAGAUGCUGCCAUGGUUUUGCUCUUGGAAGAGGAGAGGAGCGCUCGCCUGCAGUGGUGGGGGAUCGAUGGCAGCCAGAAGGAGCAGAAAGGUUGAGCCUGCUCGUGUUUCUGCAGAUAGGAAAAAAAAAACAAAAAAGGCCCUUGAAAUCAGGUCACAGAUAAGUUGUGUGUCUUAAUGCAUUACCAAAGGAGUUGUUUCAUUCUUUUUAUGUGUGGUGUGUUCUGAUGCUGUCCCAAGAAAGUGGAUGAUUCAUUUUGAGAGGGCUUAUAAAACAUGUUGUACUCUGUCUCUGUUUCUGGGAGAACAUAGGGAAAUUAUUGUUUUAUUUCGAGAAACUCAAAAUACUGACCUCUUUAAAGUUGUCCAGGAUUUUAUUUUAUUCCUGUUAAUAUUGAGAAAUCUGACAUCAACUUUUAAGUCUUCACUUGAAGACUGGAAGGGUUCAAGUUGUCCACCAGUUUGUCAGAGGCAGAUGCCAGUUUUUUCCAAUGGCCCACUUCCAUCCCAACAAGAAGAUGGAAUAGUGCAGCCCAGGAGGUUGGAAUUUUGGAAUUUCUGGAUAGCUGAAUAAGCUGCACGUGGCAAUAGUAAAAUGGACUCUGUUCUGAUUCCUUCCCUCACCAGCCACACAAGUUGAGGUGUCCUCAGUGAAUGACAGUUCUCUCUCAAUCAUCCACACCUCCAUCAAAACAUUUGGAGAUCAGAUCUCUCACCACAGCAUGCACAGGGGGAAGGGAAUGUCACAUUUCCUCCAGGCUGCCCUUAGGAUUGCCUUGCCUCACCCAGCCUUUCUGCUUCCAGGCUGUUACAUGUCUUGCUGUCCCUCUCCCACAAUUCUUCAUGUGUAUGGAUAUAUUUUUCUACAAGUAUAUCUAUGCACAUUCACAUGUAGCUAUACCUGGUUCCCUCUGUUCCACUCUCGUGCCUCGAAUGCAUGUCCUUUGGAAAUGAAGUGAAUGACUUUGUCAAAUCUCAUCUGAGAUGGAAAAUGUAGGCAUUUUAUUGCAUCUUAUUCUCUGUUAACUCAGGAUUGAAUUUUUUCCCUACUUGUUAAAAAACCCGAACACAACAAAACACAUUAAAAAAGCCCUUUCAAAUCACCUGAUUUGUAUCUAAAAAGAUGAUAAUGAAAUCAGCAGUUAUGUAGAGAGGUGCAAUAUGUUGUGUUUCAGCAGACAAGCCUAUGUCUGAAUAUGAUUAUUUUAAUUAAUUUCAGGUACAAGCUUUUGCUCCAUAUCAAUGGACCAGCAACAUAUAUAUUUCCUUAUAAUCAAUUUAGAAAUUGAUAUUUUUCAAGUGGAAUUCUUGGUUUUAGUAUGUCAGCUUCUGAGCUUCUAAAGGGUAUUUGGAUGAUUAAUAUUUUUUGUGUGUGGGUUUUUAAAAAAAGUUGAUGCAUGUUGUUUGGAACUAAAAUCUCAUGUAAAGUGGAAAAAUAUUUAAAAAUAAAUACUGCUUUUACAUAUUAGCCCUA